UUCAACUUCACCUCAUCAAUCAUCCAUCUCAACCACACACAGUCAGGCACUUCAACAUUGACUUGUAUCAAAGCAGUCGUGCCUUGGGGCACACACAGCCAAAAUCAUGAUUACCCUUGGCUUGGUCUACACCUUGAUCAUCCUCACCCUUCUCGCCUUCGCCAUAUACGAACACAUCCACGCUCAAUCCCUUUCCCUCCCCAUUUCCCCAGGUCUAACCAUCUUGACCAUCCUCCUCCCCAUCCUCUCCGCUCUCAACACCGCCUACCUCUACCGCGUCACCACCACAACCAGUCCCAACCAACAAAACCCGCCAAAGUUCAUAACCGCCCACUCCUCCUCAACCAUAACCCCCAACCCCUCCAACCCCUCUCAACAACUCACCCACCUCCGCCCAGCUCACGCCCCGCGCCGACCACAACAAUCUUCUACUAGCCCAGGGACCCUCCGCUCCCUCCUCCCCACCCUCUCCCAAACCCUGCAAACAACCCAACUCGUCCUCUCCCUCAUCCUUUUGAGUGUGGCCACCUCCUCCCUGACUUCCUCCCCAUUUUCCUCCUUCCCCAACUCCGGCCCGGGGUCAAUCGAACACUGCGCCCUCGAACAAACAUGGUCGCAUUUCUUUCGGGCGCACGACGCCGACACCAUUCGCAAGAUCCAGGAUAUUCUGGGAUGCUGUGGGUUCCGAAGUCCGAAGCACAUGAGUUGGCCUUUCCCGAGCGCAGGAAAGGGGACGGAACAAUGUGGACAGAUGUGGCCUGGGAGAAGGGAGGGGUGUGCCGGGAAGUGGGAGGGGGAGUUUAGAGGGGUGAUGGGUGGGGAGAUUGGAGUUGUGGCGGGGGUGUUGGUGGUGCAGAUUUUGGGGUGGGGAGUGGGGAGGUGGAUGGCGACGAGAAGAGCGAGGACGGGGGCAACGAGGAGGAGAGGAGGACGGGAUGGGAGGGCUACGAUGGGUGGAAGAGGAAGGGAGGGGAGUGGGAUGGUAAAUGGUGAGGGACGUGAUGGACAGGGAGGAGAUGGAAAUAAUAGCUGGUGGAAUAAACUCUUACAGAGCUUUGGGGUGCCGCAUGGGGAUGAGGAGAAUGGCUAUCGGGGAUUGGAAGAUGGAGAAGCUCAACGGAGGCCAUUGCUUGGUGCGGGACAGAAUGGAGAGGGUCAUGUUGGGAUUGAGGAGGUAGAUGAUGAUGAAGAUGGAGAGGGAAGGGACGUUGAAAGGGGAGGGAGUGAUGAGGAGAGUAGGUCGGGUAGUGAGAGAAGGGGCGGGAACGGAUAUGGAAGUGCUACUUCGAGGGUGCAGCCGAGUGGCAUUCAUGUUGCUGAUCCAUGGGCCGAAGGGAAUUGAGAAGAACAAAGGCGGCUGUGAAUGCUUGCGAUGGAGGAGUGUAUCAGCGGAUUAAAGUCAAGUGCUGGGCAAUGGGUAUCUUGGUGUGUUUGACAAAUUGGCAUGAAGUGUUCAUACAACAAUGUAUUGUUUUCUCCUUC